AUGUUACCAAGUAUUUCAGUGAAUUCCCGAGUGCAAGGGAAUGGUGCCUUGAAUUCCCGAGAUGCAGCACGACAUACUGCUGGAGCAAAACGCUACAAGUACUUGCGAAGGCUUUUUCGUUUUCGGCAGAUGGACUUUGAGUUUGCUGGCUGGCAGAUGCUCUACCUGUUCACAUCGCCACAGAGGGUUUAUAGAAACUUUCAUUAUCGAAAGCAGACAAAGGACCAGUGGGCCAGAGAUGAUCCUGCUUUUUUGGUCCUGUUGAGUAUCUGGCUAUGUGUGUCCACCAUAGGAUUUGGCUUUGUGCUGGACAUGGGAUUCUUUGAGACGAUAAAACUGCUCCUUUGGGUUGUAUUCAUAGAUUGUGUAGGCGUUGGUCUUCUCAUAUCAACUUUAAUGUGGUUCAUCUCUAACAAGUACUUAGUGAAGCGACAGAGUAGAGACUCUGAUGUGGAGUGGGGCUAUGCCUUUGAUGUGCAUCUGAAUGCUUUCUAUCCGCUCUUGGUCAUUUUGCAUUUUAUCCAGCUGUUUUUCAUUAAUCAUGUUAUCCUAACAGACACGUUCAUUGGAUACUGCAUUGGAAAUACAUUGUGGUUGAUUGCAGUUGGCUAUUAUAUCUAUGUAACCUUCUUAGGAUACAGUGCAUUGCCAUUUUUGAAAAAUACAGUAAUUCUUCUCUAUCCAUUUGCACCUCUUAUCCUACUCUACGGACUGUCGCUAGCACUAGGAUGGAACUUUACUCACACCCUGUGUUCUUUCUACAAAUACAGAGUGAAAUGAAAAGAAAAAGUGAGAAGAUUAAAUCUUAGCUGUUGUCAACAGUAUUGGUGCAGUGCUGGUGAUUUCUUGUAAAGUUUGUAAAUAAAUGAUCAUUGUAGAUAUCAUAAAGUGUAAAGUUUGCAGAGUUAAGGAAAAUAUAUGUGAACACUAUUGUCAAUUAACAUUCCUUAAAACUAAUAAAUGUACAUAUCUAUAAUUAAAUAUUUUUUGAA